AUGCCGUUGUCUGAACACUCAGGGUCCCACUCCCCAGCCAAGGAGGAGCAGUCUCCGUUACAUUCUGACAACAGGCUGCCAUCGGUUCGUGAUCGUCGACAGGUGGACAGCGACAGCGACUUCGAAGAGGAAUCAACUGUCCUGGAUGAGGUCCAGUUGGAUGUGCCAUUGGAUGAUGUGCCAGAUGUUCCACAGCUGCCAGUCCUCCUUGAUGUCCAGAAUGCUGCUAUCAUCCUUGAGGAUGUGCCAGAUGUGCAGACUAUCCUUGAAGAGGCCACUGUUAUUUGGCAGUUGAUUCCGAUUAGGUUCAGCCCCCAGUACUGUGGGCCUGUUGUGAUCAGGAACAAUGCCGGUCCGGUGGUUAAAGCUUGGAGAACUUUCCAGUUCAUCAGCCCCAUCAUCACCUACAUGCAUGGGGGAUCCCAGCAGGUGGUGGUGAGGAUGCACCACGUGAGUAGGGUGAGAGGCCUGGAGACUCAACUGGUGUGGGCCAUCUCCAAGGAGACAGCCAGGCUUAGUCCAGAGGGCAUCCCCUACUGUGCCACCAAAGUGCAGUCCAUCACUUGGAUCCAGCGUGUGGCUGGCAGGGUGACCCACUAUGCGUCUCACCUCCGCCACGAGACGUCUGUGGACGUGACGCUUGGCUGCUACGAGGUAAAUAAACGAUUUCCUAUGUAUAUAGACUAG